CUCACUCCUCACUUCUCAGUCGUCACUUCGUUGCUUCCCCGUUUGUCACUCUCUAUCUCUCUCUCUUAUUAUAAACCCGGAAGACGAUCAGUUCAGUCUAUACCUUCUGGGAAUCGAUCACCAAAAUGAGAGAGGAAGAGAUAGAGAGGAUGCGAGGUGUGGUAAGGGACUGCGUGAGCAAGCAUCUCUACUCCUCCGCAAUUUUCUUUGCCGAUAAAGUUGCUGCCUUUACGAACGAUCCUGCAGAUAUCUAUAUGCAGGCGCAGGCUCUCUUCAUCGGUCGCCAUUAUCGCCGUGCUUUCCACCUUCUUAACGCUUCCCAGAUCGUUCUUCGCGACCUCCGCUUUCGCUACCUCGCUGCCAAAUGCUUGGAGGAGCUGGGGGAGUGGGAUCAAUGCCUACAAAUGCUUGGUGAUGCUAGAAUAGAUGAACAUGGAAAUGUUCAUGAUGUAAAGGGCUGUAACAUCAUGUACCUGGAUAAGGAUGGGGAAGAUCACGAAAUUAAUAUUUCUUCUGCUAUAUGCUUUCUACGAGGCAAGGCAUAUGAAGCUCUGGAAAACCGUGCUCAGGCUAGGCAAUGGUACAGAGCUGCUCUCAAGGCUGAUCCUUUAUGUUAUGAGGCUUUGGAAUGUCUUAUCGACAAUCACAUGCUGACCUGUGAGGAAGAAACAAGUCUUCUGUCAUCAUUGCAUUUUGGUCCCGAAGAUGGAUGGCUUGCAUCUUUCUAUUCAUGUUUAAUAACAAAGUAUGGCAAGGAAAGUGUUGUAGAAGCGAAGUUCAAAGAUCUGGAGAAAGAAAAUUGUGAUGUUAACUCUCCAAAUCCCUCAGUCACGUGCACACUGAUAAACAACACAGAUCUGUUGGCCUGCAAAGCUGAAUACUACCAUCAAUGUGGAGAAUAUCAAAAAUGCUUUGAACUGACUUCUGUACUACUUGAAAGAGACCCCUUCCAUUUGAAAUGUACUUUGGUGCAUUUAGCCGCCGCUAUGGAGCUUGGCCAUUCAAAUGAGCUCUAUAUUAUGGCUUCCACUCUAACAAAGGACCAUCCUAAAAAAGCUUUAUCAUGGUUUGCUGUUGGUUGCUACUACUAUUGUAUCAAGAAGUAUGGUCAAUCACGACAUUAUUUCAGCAAGGCUACGAAUAUGGAUGGAACAUUCCCUCCUGCUUGGAUAGGAUAUGGUAAUGCUUAUGCUGCUCAAGAAGAGGGAGAUCAAGCAAUGUUGGCCUAUCGAACUGCAGCUCGUCUGUUUCCUGGGUGCCAUUUACCAACUGUAUACAUUGGGAUGGAAUGCAUGCGGACACACAGCUUUAAACUGGCCGAAGAGUUUUUCAUGGAGGCUAAAACCAUUUGCGCUUCUGAUCCUCUUGUUUAUAAUGAACUUGGAGUUGUUGCAUAUCACAUGAAGGAGUAUAAAAAAGCUGUGUGGUGGUUUGAGAAGACAUUGGCUCAGAUUCCUUGUUUAAGUGAAAUGUGGGAACCAACUGUGGUGAAUCUUGCACAUGCGUUGAGGAAACUAAAGAUGUAUCCUGAAGCAAUCUCAUACUAUGAGAAAGCACUUGCCUUGUCAACCAAAAGUUUGAGCACUUAUGCUGGUCUAGCAUACACUUACCACCUACAGGACAAUUUCAAUGCUGCAAUUACAUAUUACCACAAGGCUUUAUGGCUACAACCGGAUGACCAGUUCUGCACAGAGAUGUUAACGCUUGCUCUUGUGGAUGAAUGCCGCAGAAGCUCUGAUAGCGAAAGUGAGUAUCAUUGAAACCGAGUAAAUGCUUGGCAAUAGAGCUAUAACUGCUGAGGAAGUGUUGUAAUAUCUUGUAUAAUAUGCACCUGUGAAAUAGGUAAUAUUAUAGUUAAUAGCAUUGUUUGCUAGUAUUUAUAUAUUUUUUGGUAAGCAACUUUAUUUGUUAUAUGUUGCAGCAAUAGAAACAUUUUCCGUGUUUAUUAUUCUGUGAUAUUGUUAUACAAUAUACGCAAGUGUUUUAUCUUUUUUUCGUGUUGAAGGGUUGAAGCUUGGAUGUGGAACUCUUGUAACCAAAUAAUAAUUUGCAUUUGAAGUUUGAGACAGCAA